UACUCUGCCUCGCCUACUUAACAGCUCGUGUUUUUCUUUGACAUAAACAUGGAUGUGAGUCAUAAAGAUCUUCCCUGCAGACUUUAUUUCUCACCAUGAAACCCAGCUGAAUUCUCUGGAUCAUUUAAAGCUGAAGUUUGACCGGAAGUGUCUCUUUAAUUCCGGACUCUGCCGGGUUUGUUUUAGUCCUUUAAGGAGGUUAAGCUGGUCUUUGCCCCCCGAGCAGAGCUGCUUUUGUCUGGGUGUUUUCUUCGUGUCAGCAUGGACAUGUAUGGAUACAGCGGGGUCUUCCUGGUGAAGAGGUUUCUGGAUGAAGAGGUUUUAGAAGUGACCAACAUGUCUGACAUUAACAAGGCGAACCCUCACGGCUGUGAUAACGGGGCUCUGACGGACCGGUUCGGAGUCCUGAUCCAGGGACUCCUGGCUAUUGUUGCCUUCAGUACUCUGAUGUUGAAAAGGUUCAGAGAGCCUGUCGGGAUCAGACGACCAUGGAGGAUCUGGUUUUUCGACACGUCCAAGCAGGCCAUCGGUGCUCUCUUCAUCCACUUCGCCAACGUCUUCCUCUCCACGCUCACCAAAGAGGACCCGUGCUCACUGUACCUCAUGAACUUCCUGCUGGACGCCACUCUGGGCAUGCUGGUGAUCUGGUUGGCCGUGAAGCUGGUGUCCAAACUGGUGGAGCACAAAGAGUGGACUCUGCUCAUGUUCGGAGAGUACGGUGACCCUCCUCAGGCCGCAGCGUGGCUCGGUCAGUGCGGGAUCUACCUCCUCAUCAUGGUGCUGGAGAAAGGAGUGAUCAGCCUGGUGCUGCUCGUCCCCGGCUGGUCCAAACUGCAGGAAGUGCUCCUGAGCUACAUCGCUGACCCUCAGAUGGAGCUGGUGCUCGUCAUGCUCAUCGUGCCCUUCAUCGUCAACUCCAUCAUGUUCUGGGUGGUGGACAGCCUGAUGAUGAGGAAGUACAAGACGAUGAAGAGCCUGGACGACUCGUUCGAUGACUCGGUGAAGAAGGUGAACGGCGAGGAGUCACGGGUUCUUCUGACCGUCGAGACCGACACGGACGAGGCCUCAGAAGAAGAGGAAGACGCCGCACCCCUCCCUCCUGUGCUCUACUCAGGAGGACCGCUGAGACCGAGCUGGGUGGUUGUGUAAACUCCGGUCAUGUGACCUCCCACUUUGCACAUCUUCUACCCACACACACACACACACACACAUAUACACACACACACUCCUAGAAGCCUAAAAGUGAGCAAAAACACACAUCAGAGCGUCCCCACCUCAGAUUAAAGGUCUAAAUAUCAGCUUCUGGAGCAAAGGCACAAUUAAAGGUUCCUCUAACCUGUGAGUGUGAGCACUACAGCCUUACUGCCUUCCUGCUCUGAAGGGGAGAACAGGAGUCCACCUGGAGCGUGACGACAUGUCUGCAUGUGAAUCAAACCCUGAAGCUCUUUAGUCUCUCGCCUUGCUGCCUCUGUUUGCUGAGAGGAGGGGAAGAGAUAGAUAAAUCUGUCGUCUCGUUUUAAGGGAGCGAUGCUGCUCUGAGGAGAGUCACUGAUGGUGGAUCAUAUUCCAAAGAGGAGCACGCUUCAAAGUUAACAAACAAGUGCUCAAAGAUCUCCUUCAGAUAGCUUCACUUUGUAAUCUUAAUCACAGUCAUUCCUGCAGGUUCGCCCUGCGGCAGCUUAGUUAAAGUUGAGAGGUGGCGACCGCUCGAGUUAAAGUCACGUGUGUGUCGUGUUUCGGCUGCUGCAGCCUCGACGGACCAAGCAUGUUGAAAGGUUUUAGUUCCUGUCUUUUAAUAUGAAUUACAAACAGGCAGGAUUUAUUAUCAUGUUGUGGUUUAAAGGACCAGGUCUCACUGUGACGUGUGGUGCAUGUGAUGGAGUAUUGGAGCCACUGGAGGAGGAAAAACUGAGAUUUUUAAACUUUGUUUUUUAAAAGUUGUACUUGUGAUGAAGCAAAUAUUACAUUUUAAAGAGAAAAAGUCGUAAAAUUACACGAAUGAAGUCAUAAAACUUCAAGAAAAUAAGAUAUUAAAGAGGAAAAGUCAUGUAAUGUUUUUAGGGUUACCAGAAACGUACUCUACUUUUUUUCUCAGGAGUUAAAUAAGAUGUUUACAGCUCAUGUGUCUCCUGUGUAAGCUGAUUAGCUUAGCUUAGCAUAAUGACCCAAAACAGAGGGAAGUAGAUAUCCUGGCUUUGUCAAACGGUUUAAGAUUCUACUCACUGGAUUAUUUGAAGCUUGCUAGUCACCAGAUUACACCUUGUUCUCUAAUCUCAGGUGUAAGGAGUUCCAAUUUGGGCUUUUUCAGGAGUAGCGAUUUCAUGAACACUCGUCCUUUGUACUUCCGAUUUCCUCGUCGUUCAAACCAAAGUUUAAAUUCCGACUAACUGACAAGUUUAAAGGUAAAACACUUGAAAAUGGUCAUAAUUAAGCACAAUGUAUUCAACAUGACUUCAGUCUGCUGGUAAAAGAUGUGAAUCCAUUUGCUGAGUGUGGCUACAGUUAGCAGAGCUAGCACCACCAGCCGUCGGUCCUUCUUUCAGAUUAACGUCCACAUUGUCGACGGUCAUUUAGCGCAUAAAAAAUAUUAAUAAUCCACUUCUUUAAUCCAGAUUUGUCUCCAGCUGAUUCCCUGGUCUUUGUGCUAAGCUAAGCUAACCAUCCACUCUCUCUUAUCAGGCAAAUAUCAGGGUAGUAUUGUCUUCCAGCGAUAGUGCGAUACAAGUAUUCUGAAAAAUGACCAUUUCCUUUUUUUUAAAGAAAAUAAAUUGGUGUCGAUGUUUGCCGACAUCAAACAACGUUAACUUAAAAUAUAUAGAUUUGAUCCUUUUUAGCAUUUUCCUCAUAAAAUGUAACAUUUUAUUUUCUUAAAGCUCCUGUGAGGAGUUUUGAAUUCAUUGGGAAACAGGCUGAAACUCACAGAGAAGCCUCUUUACGACCCUUAAAAGAAAACCAGACCAUUAGCGAAAAGAUCGACGGUUCUUAUUUUGCAUAUUUUAACGCCUGUAACUGCUGUGAGGGGGGUAGGCGUCAAUUGAUGCAAUUUAUAGCACUUAUUAUCCUUUACAUCACAGCAGUAGAGGGAAAUACUUGACCGUAAAAAAGAAACAAGGCGAGAUUGUGAGGUAUCACUUUGUCCACAGGGGGCGCCAACAAUGACACUAACGCUCGUUCCUCACAGGAGCUUUAAACUCUCAUGAAGUCGUUCUUAUAUCGGCCGAUACUCCAUCAUCCUACGUUCAUUGGGACGAAACAGUAACUGUGUUUAUACGGCACAUCUUAUUUAUUCUUAUUUUAUAUAUUGUGAUGGUCCGGUCUGUGGUGGAGAUGUUGGAUUUGAACGUUUUUUAUUGUAAACUGAGGAUUUUAAAGAGUCGUCACUGAACUGAAGGCAGAAGUGUUACAUUAUUCAAUAUACGUCCUACUUCCUGUUAACAUUUAAGGUUUUAAAGGUUUACAGCUCGACAUAUUCCGUCUGUAAUGUUUUAUUUUGUAUCUGAUGUAUCUCUCUGGUGUAUUUUUAUUAUGAACUGAAUCAAAGUCGUGUGUUUGAAGUCUCAUUAACGGGCUGUGAAACCGCCUCGGUGCUUCUUAAUGAAUGUAAUCUGAAUAAAGAUGAUCCACACAUGAA